UGUAGCAUACUUUUAGUUACAAAUCAUCAUGGUUCACACGUACAUGUUCUUUAUUUAGCCAGCUGAGAAACUGCUGUCAACUAUUGACUUCACACACAUUUCUGACAUUAUUACAAGGGAGGAGGCCUUAGCAAUACUUUUACAAAAUGAGCCAUACAAGAAGGAAAGAGAGGAAGCUCUUUCCCGGUAUGGGUAUCCUUGUUACACAGCACGAAUGGGAGUGCCAAGAAUGUGUGAAGCCCAACUGAGAAUAAUUUGCAGAGAAGCACUGAAAGAUGGAUUCACACGCUUCAAAGUAAAGAUUGGAGAGGAGUUAGAAGAUGAUAAACGUAGACUUGAAAUAAUUCGAGAAGAGAUUGGAUGGGAAAAUCUUCUUGUUUUGGAUGCAAGUGCGGGAUGGGACCAAAAUGAAGCUAUUCACUGGAUGAAGGAACUUGCAGGCUUCCGCCCUUUAUGGGUUCUGGAGCCAACCAGUUCUGAUGACAUAUUAGCUCACAUGGCAAUUGCAGAGGAGCUUCGGCCUCUACACGUGGGUGUUGCAGUGAAUUGCCAUAACAAGAUCAUGUUCAAACAGUAUAUCCAGAAGAAGACAGUUAGUUGUUGUUUUCUUGAUCCAUUCAGGAUUGGUGGAGUUAAUGAAGUAUUAGCCAUUUGCCUUAUGGCUGCCAAAUUUAAAGUGCCAGUUUGUAUUGAAGCCAGAGUUCCAGGAGCUGCCGAAUUAGCUCAACAUCUUUUGUUUUGGGAGUAUAUUUCUGUCAGUGGAUCUCUAAGUAAAAGGAUGUGUGCUGCCGUUACCCAUCGACACAUUCACCAACACUUUCAACAACCAGCCAUGACAAAAUGGGCGUCCUAUUUUUUACCUCAGAAUCCAGGUUGCAAUACAGAGAUGAAAAGUGAAUCUCUGCUGGAGUAUGAAUUUCCAAUUGGCCAGAAGUGGCAACAUUUGGUGAGGUCUCCAAAAUACUGGAAAUCAUCAAGGAUACCAGACUGGAUUGAAAACAGAUGUUUUCCUGUUACUUUUUAAUUUAACAGUAGACUACCAUUCAUCAGACUGGGUUAAAAACAGGUGUUUAUCCUGUUACUUCUUGAUUUAACAGUAGACUACUACCAUUCAUUAGACUUGAGUUAAAAACAGAAGUUUUCCUGUUACUUCUUGAUUCAACACCAGGUUUUCUCCUGUAACCAGACUAGAUUAGAAGCUUUUUCUUAAAGGAUGUGUUUGUAAGACAUUGAGUUGUAUUAUGUGUUAAAAUUUAUAUGUAAAAAAAAA